GUCACGCGGGACGCCGCUGCCCUGACGCUCCGCCUUUGCAUCCCCCACUGAGCCCUUAGUAGCUGGCGUUGGCCCUCAGGUGGGAAGCGAGCUUUUUCCCUUCGGAGGCCUGGGGUCCCGCAGCCUCUACCCCACCUGUCCUGGCCUGGCGCUGCCCAGCGCGUCCGUGCCUCCGUCAUGGAUCUGAAUUUAAACCGAGCGGAUUAUUUACAGGUGGGAGUGACCUCUCAGAAGACUAUGAAGCUACUUCCUGCUUCAAGAUAUAGAGCCACACAAAAGGUGGUUGUUGGAGAUCAUGAUGGAGUAGUUAUGUGCUUUGGCAUGAAGAAGGGAGAAGCAGUGACAGUCUUCAAGACUUUACCUGGGCAGAAGAUUGCAAGAUUGGAACUAGGAGGGGUUCUUAACACGCCCCAGGAGAAAAUUUUUAUUGCUGCAGGAUCUGAAAUUAGAGGCUUCACGAAGAGAGGAAAACAGUUUCUCUCUUUUGAAACAAACCUCACUGAAAGCAUUAAAGCUAUGCACAUAUCUGGCUCAGACCUUUUUCUCAGUGCAAGUUACAUCUAUAACCAUUAUUGUGACUGCAAAGACCAACAUUAUUACCUUUCUGGAGACAAAAUCAAUGACGUCAUCUGCCUUCCAGUGGAAAGAGUACUUCGUGAUGUACCAGUGUUGGCCUGCCAGGACAGAGUACUCAGAGUUUUACAGGGAUCUGAUGUGAUGUAUGAAAUUGAAGUUCCUGGCCCACCUACUGUUUUAGCCCUACAAAAUGGAAAUGGCGGUGACUCUGGAGAAGACCUUUUGUAUGGAACGUCAGAUGGAAAACUUGGGCUUAUUCAGAUCACUACAUCCAAACCAAUACACAAGUGGGAAAUUCGAAAUGAGAAAAAGAGGGGAGGUAUUUUGUGUAUUGACAGCUUUGACAUUGUGGGUGAUGGGGUUAAAGAUUUACUUGUUGGAAGAGAUGAUGGAAUGGUGGAAGUGUAUAGUUUUGAUAAUGCAAAUGAGCCUGUUCUACGAUUUGAUCAGACAUUGUCUGAGAGUGUCACAUCUAUCCAGGGUGGUUGUGUAGGGAAAGAUGGCUAUGAUGAAAUCGUGGUAUCCACAUAUUCAGGCUGGGUUACAGGUCUGACAACAGAGCCUAUUCAUAAGGAAAGUGGACCAGGAGAAGAACUAAAAAUUAAUCAGGAGAUGCAGAAUAAAAUUUCUUCUUUACGGAGUGAGUUGGAACAUCUGCAAUAUAAGGUACUACAGGAAAGAGAAAAAUAUCAACAGUCUUCUCAGUCAAGCAAAGCAAAAUCAGCAGUACCUUCAUUUAGUGUAAAUGACAAGUUUACAUUAAAUAAAGAUGAUGCCAGCUACAGCCUUAUCUUAGAGGUGCAGACAGCGAUAGAUAAUGUCUUAAUACAGAGUGAUGUUCCAAUAGAUUUACUAGAUGUGGAUAAAAAUUCUGCUGUUGUCAGCUUUAGCAGCUGUGAUUCUGAGUCAAAUGACAACUUUCUUCUCGCCACUUAUCGGUGCCAGGCAAAUACCACAAGGCUGGAACUCAAGAUUCGCUCAAUUGAAGGCCAGUAUGGCACACUUCAAGCAUAUGUGACUCCAAGAAUUCAACCCAAAACAUGUCAGGUCCGCCAGUACCUUAUCAAACCUCUUUCACUCCAUCAAAGAACUCACUUUAUUGAUCAUGACAGACCCAUGAAUACACUGACUUUGACAGGCCAGUUCAGUUUUGCUGAACUUCACUCCUGGGUGGUUUUUUGCCUGCCUGAAGUUCCUGAAAAACCUCCAGCAGGAGAAUGUGUGACAUUUUACUUUCAGAACACCUUCCUGGAUACACAACUUGAAAGUACCUACAGAAAAGGUGAAGGAGUUUUUAAAUCUGACAACAUUUCUACUAUAUCCAUCCUAAAAGAUGUGCUCUCUAAAGAAGCUACAAAAAGGAAAAUUAACCUCAACAUAUCAUAUGAGAUCAAUGAAGUAUCGGUCAAACACACAUUAAAGCUAAUCCACCCAAAGCUGGAGUACCAGUUGCUUUUGGCUAAGAAAGUGCAAUUAAUUGAUGCUUUAAAAGAAUUGCAGGUUCAUGAGGGAAACACAAACUUUCUGAUACCAGAAUAUCGCUGUAUCCUAGAAGAGGCAGAUCACCUACAGGAAGAAUACAAAAAGCAACCUGCACAUCUUGAAAGACUCUAUGGCAUGAUCACCGAUCUUUUCAUAGAUAAGUUCAAAUUCAAAGGCACCAAUGUAAAAACCAAAGUGCCUCUUUUACUGGAGAUUCUGGACAGUUAUGACCAAAAUGCAUUGAUUGCUUUCUUUGAUGCUGCAUGAAAUAUAAAUAAGGUAAAGUUCCAAAGAAGUUGUAUGUUUAAAUGAAAAAUGUUAAAACAGAAUUGCAAGCUAACUGUAUAUACUUUUAUUUCAAGUGCGUUUUUUAAUAUUAUCUAAAAAUAUAUGAGGUAUGACUUUUUUUUAGUAAUGCUUCUAUUUUUUUGACAAAUGGAACUUUUUAAAAAUAAAGAGAAUUUUUAUUUUU